GUGGAAAGAGUUUCUCAAAGAAACAAUAUCUUGAGGUUCACAUGAGAGUUCAUACAGGAGAGAAGCCAUUCACAUGUGAUCAGUGUGGGAAGAGUUUCAAACAAAAAGGACAUCUUAAGGAACACAUGAAAGUUCACACCGGAGAGAAGCCGUUCACAUGUGAUCAAUGUGGGACGAGUUUCACGGGAUCAUCAAGACUUAAAGAACACAUGAGGAUCCACACUAGAGAGAAGCCGCACACAUGUGAUCAAUGUGGGAAGAGUUUCAUGCGAUCAUCACACCUUAAAGAACACAUGUGGAUCCACACUGGAGUGAGACGGUUCACAUGUGAUCAAUGUGACAAAACAUUUUGUGGGGAAUCAGCCUUCAAGAAACACCUGAGAGUUCAUACAAAGGAGAAGCCACAUUCAUGUUCUGUGUGUGGAAAGAGUUUUUCACUGCUGUAUAAUUUACAAGAACAUGAGAAAAUUCAUACUGGUGUGAGAGAGUACAUGUGCUUUGAGUGUGAGAAGACUUUUACUACAGCAAACCAUUUAAAAGUGCACCAGAGAAUUCACACUGGAGAAAAACCUUACAAGUGUUCACACUGUGACAAGAGAUUCAGUCAGUUAGCACAUCUGAAAACACAUGAGAGGAUCCACACUGGAGCAAAACCUUACAAGUGUUCACAGUGUGAUAAGAGAUUCAAUCAGUCAUCAAAUCUGAAAAAGCAUGAGAAGAUCCAUAGCAGAGAGAAGCCACACACGUGUGAUCAGUGUGGAAAGAGUUUCUCUUUUAAAAAUCAGCUGAAGAUACACAUGAAGAUCCACACAGUGGAGAAACCACAUCACCACAGUCUGAAAUCAUGAUAAGUAGUUCAUCUUUAUGUGCUGAGCAACAGUGUCUCUUCUGUCUAAGGUAGACAAAUCUCUCCUCUCCACCUAUGGUUGGUGCUGUUGCUCUGUUGAAUUAUCCAGGUUGUUUAUGAGGAGCGGCCCCUGAUGUGAUUGUGAAGCACUUAUGGUGUACAGUAGUACAUAGUAAAGUGCUACAUCAAUAUGCGUUCUUGUCUAUACUUGUGUUCUUGUGAAACGUCAUCAGUUGUUCUUGAUCGCCCAGUGAGGAAAGAGUUUCUCUUUUAAAAAUCAGCUGAAGAUACACAUGAAGAUCCAUGCAGUGGAGAAACCACAUCACCACAGUCUGCAGUCACGAUAAGUAGUGUAAGGCCCGCCUAAUGGGUCCUUGUGAUCUUGUGAAACGUCAUCAGUUGCUGCCCAAGUUCUGUUCCAUUUCAAAGUUCGCAUCUACCCAAGUACAGUUCAAAUCCCUGGAUGUGUUCUUGAUCCGCCCCUUUUAUCGAGGAUGCAUUGAGAGGUGACUUGUGCGGACUUGAGACAGCCAGGUAUCCCAGAAUGCAUCUCGCACUAACCAGCAAGCGUCAAUAGCAGAGGGGAAAAACUGUGUAAUUCAAACAUACUACAGUUAUUAUGUCAUAUGUAGUUUAAAGAGUUUUUCAGUUAAGAAUAUACUGGUUUAAAGCUCAAAUUUGUGAUUUAUUGAUAAAAGUGGUGCCUAUUUGGAGUUUGGAUGCUCAUGUACCCCACUGAGAACAGCCUAACCUCGGCUAAUCCUUCUGACAUGUGCCACUGGUUCUGAUGUUUCUGUAGUGGUUAAACAUGAGACAUAAUUAAUCUUUUGUAAUUCUAACAGGUAAUGUUUGGACUCAUGAAUCUAUAAUUUGUUGAACUAAAAGUUUAAUCUCAUAACUUUAUAUAGUUAGGCGUUAUAUUUUACUGUGUAGCCUACCAGAGCGCUGACUUUGUAUGUUUGACUGAAUUGUUUGCUUUAUUUUUUAUUGUAGCUUGUACUUUCAUAAUGGCUAUUUGGCCAUAAUUGACCAUUAAAACUGACAUUUAACAAAAAGAGUCAGGGUUGUGUUUUAUAUUUGUAGUGUUACAAGCUCUCCAAGGAUUAAAUUAAAUUAGAAAGAGAAACAAAACCAAAGAACAUGGAGGAUUCCCUUUAGUCCUCUGCCCCAGAAAUGUGAAUGAGCCACUCAUUUAUAUAAAAUUUAUUUUAAUUAUGCAGGGAAAAUGGAAGCAAACAGUCAGGAGAGGGGCUAGUUGUAUAUGCGGAGCUGCUGGAACUUGUGGGACGUGUGUCUGUCAGGCUGCAGCUGCCUUGUGGGCGUGUUAAGAAAGGGGCCCAACGUGGACGGCUCGAUGAGCGGUUCCUUUCUGUCCGUAGCUCUGCAGCUCCAGUGAGCCUUCCAUUGCUUCCUGAUCUCCAUGUUUGAGAUUGGGAGGGCAUGGAAAAACCCUAGCCAUUCAGAUAUGAAUCUGGGCCCAGACAGACGGAAAAGGGAUGAUUCGAGAUUGAGAUGGAUGAUUGAAUAUAAAUGCCAGUGGCUUUUGUGAUCGAUCCCCCAGCUGCAAGGGCAAAUUACGUCUGCCCUCUCCUCUUCUUUUUCCACCUCCUAUAUUCACCUUAUUCCACCACGUCCAUUUUUAAUUCUCCGCUCUUCCGCAUUUUGUCAUCCGACUUCCGCUAAACUGACGCGGCACAUUCGGUAGCUAGAUCAGUAGUUAAAAGAUUGUUUAUAGCGAGCUAUAACUUUAGAGAAAUGACAAAUAACGUUAAUGCAGUAAAUGUUUUAAAUUGGGAGCACAGAGAAAACUUCAUACAACGAUCAGAUGGUCUCAUAUCAUCAUUGUUAACGGCCGUAACUGGUAGACAAUAUGAAGAAGAGCCAGAGGAACCAUGGGACUGUCAGGAGUUGAUAGAGCAGCAUGUAGAGGGUGUAGGUGAAGAAGACUGGAAUUAUUUUAAAUCAGUUUUGUUAAACAACAUAACUUUGUGAUUUGUAUUUUAGAAAAUGUAUAAUAAGUUGUGAUAAAAACAGUUGUAAGAGUGUUGUUAACAGAAAGCUAGACACCUUUUACUGGCCUUCAUGUAGAGAUAAUGUUUCACCAUUUAAUUUUAAUAUGCAAUAAACCAAGAUAGAAUUAAUUUGCAAACUUGACAUGACUUAUUCUAUUUAAAUCAGAAAACUUAAUUCCUUUAAAUUGUAAGAGCUCACAUUAUAUGUUUUUAUUAAAAAAAUACUGACAGCUAACAUCUGGCCACAUUGUAAAGAUUAAAAAAAAAAAACUUCACAACUGAUCAUAUUGUAAACGUUUAUAAAAAUAUCUACAUACACUAGUAUUUACACUGAUUAGUUCAAUCAAAACCACAGCACAGAGAAACAUACCUACAAAUCUACACUUAUUCAUUCUCUACAUCAGAAAUUAUGUUGCUUAGAAGGUUAAACUGGCAAAUUCUAUAAAUGAUCAAUUUUAGGGGUGAGGUUAAUUGGAGCUGUUGUUAGAAAGGAUUUUGAAGAUUUUCAGUCAUAUGACCCACGUACAUUGGCGAUGCACCUGGUGUUGGUGGUGUCUUCUUUGGAGAGUUGCAUGCGUCUCUUGGUGAAGCCUCUGUCUGCAAUUACUUCAUCGCCUGGACGAAGGUAUUCCAGGAACCCUGAAUUUGCAGUUAUGAAUUUAUCACAACACCAGGUUUAGAAGCACUAAAACUUUCAGCAAGAUCACCCUGCAAUAAAUUACGACGCAGCUCCAUCAGAGUCAUCAGGAGCUGAUCCCAAGUGUGUAGCUGGAAGUUGUUGGAGUAUGUAUUGGUAAGGUGUUUGGCGACUGAAUGAACAGUGGUUGUUUCUCAGCAGAGUUGUGUACAAUGGCGCCGGCUCAACACAUUAUGUUCUCAUAUCAGAUGUAGGUGCUUCAGAUUGAGAUGUGAUGUUGAAGUGUAGUUGUGAUCAGAGACAGAUGGAUCCUCCUAUUGUGUUUCUGCAUCACAGUUCAGGGGCAUGUGGAUGUGAUCAUCCUCACUGUUGUCCACUGCAUCACUGACGCACAUCAAUGCAUCUGUGGAAAUAAUAUAACCAUAAACAUAUUUUUACAUUAGU